AUGGCUUCUGAAACAGAACCCUCUGUUCCUGAGCCUGUGGCCCGUGUCAACCACGAAACAGACUCUGGCUUCAAGAAGCCGCUGUUCAAGUCUUUCACCAGCGAGAGGAAUCUCAAACGGCUCUCAAUCUCGGGGGCUCCUUUGAAAGUGGACACCUCGUUUUCCGAGCUUUCUAGUCCUCAAGAAGCCUCUGCCACGACCUUAAGAAGAAACACGGCCACCCCUGUGGCUACUCCUUUGUCUUCUGGCCAUUUGUUGGAAAAUGAGGCCAAGACAUCCAAUAUCGAGCUGGAAAUCGAUGGGCUCAAACUGACCGUUCCUCUGUUGGUCCACAAAUGCUGCAGCUUUGUUUUGGAAAAGGACCCAGAACAAGGAAUCUUCAGAAUCAACGGGUCGAUCAAGAAAAUCAAGAAAAUCGAGUCUCUUAUCAAGGAAACAGGAAUCGACAACUUUGAUUUCGAAUCAGCAAGACUCCCCGUCACCGACGAGUCUGAAGACACCGUCCCAAACGUGUACGAUGCCGCCAUGAUUUUGAAAAGAUGGCUAUCUGGUCUUUCUGACGGCCUGAUCACCCUGGACGUGAGCAAAGCUCUCAAAAAUCUCGCGGUUCCUAGUCCUUCCAAAGACCAUAAGCCCGAAGCUGCUUCCCAGCACGACUCGGACGGCGAAUUUAGCGUCGGAUCUUACAAAACAGACCCUUCCAGUGUGGAAGAACCAGAUUCCGAGGCCAACGCUCUACAAAGUCUGCCUAUCAUCAACCUCCACCUGUUCAUAUACCUGUUGUCGUUCUUCAACAAACUCACCCGGCCCGAGAUCUGCGAGGUCACCAAGAUGCCUUCGUCUAACCUCGCGAAAAUCUUCCAGAUGAGCUUCUUCAAAGCGGACGAUUUCCAGCCAAUAAUCAACGCCAGUGCCAGCACAGAAGAGCUGCUCCAGAACUACAAGGCCAACGAGGAGUUGUUGGAGAACUGGAUCAGCUCGUAUGAAUCGCUGGUGGCCAAGCUGAAAGCGUUUGUCAGCGACAACGAGCUCCGUCUGAAAGAAGUUCUGGCCUCUCCGUUGGUGGAAGAACCGCUUCUCAUGCCAAAACAACGGAACAAGUCCACGUCGGACGAAAAACAACAGAAGAGACGGUCCAUGUUCGGAUACCGUUCGUUCUCGAGCGCCUUUAGCUCCAAGAACUUGUCUCAGGUGUUGACUGGCUCACCCGACGAGACAAGCUCUGGAAAACGGUCUGUUUCUGACUCUGCCGCAACUAAUAGAUACCCAACUGUUCCUCAGGACAUCGCUGCAGACAAGAAGCUCAGACGGCGAUCCAUGGGAUGGUUCACCAAUGGAAACGGCAGCACACCGUCACUGACCAGGAAACAGGGCGAGGCACUCACUCCGGUGAAUAUCUCGAGUCCAUUUAGUUUGUCGGCAGACAACCUUUUGCAACCAUCCAAAGAGACCGAUUCACUCAAGAACAUUCAAAUCAACAAAACCCAACCUGAGACCCAAAGACAAAGUUCGCUCUCUGACAAGCCAAAGACAGCGUCGGCGACGCUGUAUGAUUUAGUUGAGACCAAAGAAAACGUUCCUGUUGAUGCUACCAUUCCAAAGACCCCAGUUUCUGUGGACACUCUGCCAACACCAACAGACACUAAGCCUAAUAAGAAAAACAACAGACUUUCCAAGAUGUUCUCUGUGAGAUUUGGGUUAUCCAAGAUGAUCCAUUGA